AUGAAUGUGCGUCGAAACACAUUAUGUUUGAGUGUGGCUCUUUUCGGUACGAUAUGGUUGAUGGAUGUAUAUCUUCUUUAUUAUAUUAAGGUUUUUCUUGAUAAGUUCCACUUAGAGCCAAGCUAUCUUAAUAACAUCCAAAUCCUCUUCCUUAUUUGGAAUGCCAUAAACGAUCCCAUUCUGGGUUUUGUCCAGGACUUGGGAUGUUGUGGAAUUACUUGGAUUCAAGAUCGACGUAAAGUUGUCUUGUACUGUGGACCAGUGUUCUCAAUAGCUUUCUUACUUUUCUGGUUUCCUUGGUCAUCUGACAGCAGUGUAGUCAUUGGCAUUCAAUUGUUGGUAUCUCUUUUCAUUUUCGAUACGUUGCUGACACUUGUUUUAUCUGCUUAUUGCGGACUAUGUGUAGAAAAAUGCCAAAAACAUCAAGAUCGAGUGAGGAUUAUAGUCUAUGGGGAACUUGUCGGUGUUGUAGCCGGCUUUCUUAUAAUGCCUAUGGAAUCACUGACGGACAACUUAGAAAAGUUUGAUAUCUUCCAAAUAUUUACCGUUGGAAUAGCCCUUCUAUCAGCAGCUUGUCUGUUUUUCUGCGGUUUAUAUUUGAAAGAUGAUCAAACUGGUGGGGAAGAAGAAAUGAAGAAACUUGAAGAAACAGAGGAGCUUGGAAGUGAUUGGCGUUCCGUUCUCACCAUCUCUUGGCAGAUUAUCAAGGAGUUCCGUUUCAUAGCAUUAGUCGGAGCGCAAUUUUUUAAAAUCCUCCGAUUUAUGGGAAACGAACAGUUCCUCAUAAUUUUUGUGGAAGCUUUGUUGACAAAUCAUGGCUUAUUGGAGAGAGGAAGUAAUAUGUUAGGAUUUUAUUACGUGCUCGCAAGAUCUUUAGGAAAUAUUUUGUUCUUAGCACUUUGGGUUCCUGUGAACAAAUUGGGAUGUCAGUGGGUUAUUCAAGGGAUAAAUAUUGUGAGCUUGUUCAACUGUGCGUUUGCUUACAUGGCAGGUUCGAACAAUUUUUGGGCCAUCGCCAUAUUCAUUGUAAUCGAAAACACUUUAUGCCGAUGUGGAUGGCAGGGUUUCUACAUGGUGAUUUCAGGUGAAGUUAUUGAUUCGGACAAGAUUAUUAACAAGAGAAAAUCACCUUUGUCCACAACAAUUUUCACAAUGAAAGCACUAUUCACGAAACCUGCCGACCAGCUAGCUCCUGUGAUUCUUCUGGCUUUCCUUCAAACAAGUUAUUACAAUGAGUUCAAGUCAUUGUGUUGGCCUAAUGAACAUCUGUCCACUUUGAAUCCUGGUAAUAUGACGAUAUCUUCAACGAUAUCCCCAACUGAUCUUGAUCUGCGGUGUACGAACAUACGACUGACGACAUUCCAAGCUUUAAUUUUCUUUCCCAUAAUCUGCUGCAUUGGAGAAUCUCUUUUCGUGCUACUCGACCAGUAUGUUGUUUGGAAAUCAGGGAAUGACACGAGGCCAGCAGUUAAUGAAACAGAAAACGGGAAUAUUGAGAUGGUAACUCAAACAAAAAUGAUAGCAUCUUCAACAUGA